AUGAUUAAAAUUUUAAAAAAAAAUCAAAAAAAAAAUCAAUUAAUUUUUUUUAAAAGUUCCUUAGGUUCUUUAGAUAUUUUUAAUAUACAUGAAAAAAUUAGAAUACCAAAAAAUAUAAAUAUAGUUUUAAAAAAAAAUCAAUUAAUUUUACAAGGACCUUUAGGUUCAAUUGAUUUAAAUAUAAUGAAUUCUUUAAAUUAUUUUAUUAAAAAUAAUAAUAUAUUAUUAAGUUUUAAUAGUUUACAUUUAAAAAGAAAAAAAAAAAGUUUUUUAAAUUUAUAUAAAUCUUUAAUAAAAUUAAAAAUAAAAGGUAUUUUACAAGGAUUUAAAUUAAAUUUAUUUUUAAAAGGUUUAGGUUUUAAAGCUUUUAUUGAAGAAAAAAAUUUAAUAUUAAAAUUGGGUUAUAGUCAUUCAAUUACUGUUGAAAUACCAGAAAAUAUAAAAAUAAUAAAUCAAACAAAUAAAUUAAUUUUUAGUAGUAAUGAUUGGAUUUUUUUAACUAAAUAUGUACAUUAUAUAAAAAAUUUCAAAAAACCUGAACCUUACAAAGGAAAAGGUUUAUUAUUAAAAAAUGAAGUAAUUAUUUUAAAAGAAGGAAAAAAAAGUAAAAAAUAA